AUGGCGGUCAAGCGUUUUGAGUCUUUGGAGAGGAAGCUAUUGGCCAAUCCACAGUUGCAGACGCUGUACAAGGAAUUUAUGGACGAGUAUUUAGCAUUGGGCCAUAUGUCUAUCGCGCCCACACCAGGUCAUUACUUUGUCCCUCAUCAUGCAAUUUACAAGGCAGAUGAUGGUGACGCCAAGAUCCGUGUGGUGUUUGACGCAUCUGCACGAUGUUCAACCGGACCGUCGUUAAACAGCUGUCUGCUUCCAGGGAAGAAGCUACAGCAGGACAUAAUUGAUGUCUUAACGCGAUUCCGCAUACAUCAACAUGCAUUCACGGCGGACAUCUGCAAGAUGUAUCGUCAAAUCCAGGUGCUACCAGAGUACCGCAAGUACCAGCAUAUCUUAUGGCGGUCAUCUCCGCAUGACCAGCUGGUCGAGUACCAGUUGAACACGGUGACAUAUGGAGUUACGUGUGCUCCAUUCCUGGCUAUACGUGUGCUCCACGCUAUUGCUGAAACCGAUUGCACUGACGCCGAUCAGGUCCGUGAUGCCUUGUUGUACCAGACUUACGUUGAUGAUAUCUGCGUCGGAUCGGAUUCUGUUGAAAGUGCUUUGGAGUUACAAUCGUCCUUGCAGUUUAUCCUCGCAAAAUCCGGGCUCGAGCUUAAAAAAUGGUCUAGCAACACUCCGGAUAUUUUAUCGUCUGUACCUGCAUCUGAUCGGGUAUGCACGCCAUUACCAUUUAAUGACUCCGAAGAUGGUGGAACUAAAGUACUUGGGUUGCAAUGGAACCCUAACAAUGAUUUUUUUAGCUGUGCAUUGCGCUUUCAACCGUCUCCAACAUUCACUAAGCGGGGCGUGUUAUCACUUGUCGCCAGGAUAUUCGACCCAUUGGGGUUGUUCGGCCCUACAGUGUUUUGGGCAAAAUGCAUCAUGCAGCGGACCUGGCAACUAGGAUUGGAGUGGGACGAUCCACUGCCUCCUGACAUCCACGCUGAUUGGUCCUCGUUUUUGUCUGAUCUUCCUACGUUGUCAACGAUUCGAGUAGCACGCCACUUUGGCACAUUUAAACAAUCGGCAUGCUAUCUGAUGGGAUUCUGUGACGCUUCACAGCUUGGAUAUGCCGCGGUCGUAUAUGUGUUGGUAGCCAACUCAUCGGGUGAUCAACCUGCCAUUCUCGUGGGAUCGAAGACUAAGCUUGCUCUUAUGAAGCCGUUAAGCAUACCACGAUUAGAGCUGAACGCCGCUCUGUUACUCGCGCGUUGGCUUGGGCGUAUCAAGCAAACGCUAGAUCCUCAUAUCAAGAUUGUAGGGACAUAUGGUUGGACUGACUCUAUGAUAGUUUUGUCCUGGUUAACUGUGCCUCAUACCUCAUUCAAGGUAUAUGUGUCCAAUCGUAUCCAUCAGAUACGCACCAUAUUGCCUGACUGUCAAUGGAGCCACAUUGAGUCGACAAACAAUCCUGCCGAUUGUGCGUCAAGAGGAGUAAUGCCUUCAGAACUCACGAAGCUAUCCCUCUAUUGGCAAGGCCCUGCAAUCCUUCGGGCCAAUCCGUCAACGUGGAUAAGACUCGUUGCACCCAUUCCAUUGUGCAGUCUACCUGAAGUGUUGCCAGUAGCGCUUACAACUCAAAUCAACCGGCAGGACUGGCCUGAAGAAUGGUUCAAUCGUUUUUCAUCUUAUGACCGCAUGAUUCGCGUCACCACUCUGAUGCACCGUUUCAUCAACCACUGCCGCCGUACCAAGUUUGAACCAUCUCCUACGCUGUGUCUAAAUGUUACUGAAGUUGACUGCGCGACUCGUAGUAUUAUUAGAGAGUCUCAGAGUAUCCAUUUCUGCACUCUAUUAAGCGAGUUAUCAACUGGUCGCAGAGUCUCGUCGAAGCCGUUAGCUCGUUUGGCACCGUUCGUGACGAUGUCGGAAUCAUCAGAGUCGGUGGUCGCGUUCGUCAUUGCACUCCUGUCAUACGGUUGCAAACACCCGAUUCUAAUUGCUAAGCGCUCCCAUUUAGCACUGUUGAUUUGUCGUCGGUGGCAUCGCCUAACGUGGCCACUCCGGCCCCCGUGUCAUGAUAUCACUUAUUUUGCGACAAUAUUGGAUCGUCGCCAUUCGUUCGGUUGCACAUGA